AUGAAUAACAACAAUACAAAAAUGUCAACGGAAGGGCCAGUACAAGAUGGUCUAAAGAAGUCCACGAAUGAUGUGAAUGUACAAAUGUCAAUACAAGAUGGACCAGGGAAGUCCGCAAUGAAAGAGGGCACGCCAAAGGUGCCACAAAAGACGAAUGGUGUGCACAUUUCACCGGGAAAUGAGUACAAAAUGAAAAAAGAAGAGGCGAUAAUAUUUGAAAAAUGCGUAACCGCCCUAAACAAAAUAAAGCAAGCCAUAAAUCGGCAAAGAAAUGUCUCGACGGACAUUAAAGAGGGCGUUUAUGAACUGCAAACGCAGUUGGAUUUGAUGACCGUUUACCACCAAGGUUGGAUUAAAGCAGUAGAAAAAAGAGAAAAACUGCGAAAAGAGACUAUUCUGACUGCCACACCGAACGUGCAACGACAAAAGCGUGUGGCAACAAGUCCAGUGGCGCAAACAACAGAGAACGAGAGCGCCAAAAAAAUUCGAGAAGACAGAUCCGAGGAAUGGCAAACCGUAAACCGGAAGAAGCCUAAAAGCCCAAAGGCAAACGGGAACCAGGAAAACGAUACCCCUGCCACCUCGAAUGGAAAAGUGAAAACAGCUGCCGACACGAAGAAACAGUCAAAGUCCACGAGGAAGAUAGAGGCAGAAGCAAGUAGGACCAGAUCAAACAAGAACAGGGGUCCGAAGACAGAAGCCGUUCUUAUAAAACCGACGGGAAGCCAAACCUACUCGGAUAUUUUAAAAAACCUUCGUUCGAACGUCAAGCCGGGCGAUUCGGAAGUCAAAAUUCGCACAGUUCGGAAGACAAUGUCGGGAGCUAUGUUACUAGAGCUUGAUAAAGGGACCAAGGCAAGCCUAGAUUUCUGCGAAAAAAUUAGGAGCGCUUUGCAGGAAACAGUGGAGGUAACCGGGCUAACACCAACAACCACAAUAGAGAUAAGGGACCUUGAUGCGCUCACGACAACUGCUGAAGUCGAAGAAGCCGUCAAACGAAUCCUUCCAAAUGGAAUUGAUCGAUUGAAAGCCACGGUCACUAAACCGAAUAACCGAGAAUUGGUUAGAGCUUAUGUACAACUCCCAACCACAGCAGCGGAAAAGCUUCUCGAAGCAGGCUCAAUCACUAUUGGAUGGAUCAGAGCGAAAAUGCGGAUGCGCACUGAAACUAAGCGCUGUUUCAGGUGCCAUGGCGUAGGACACAUUCAAAGAAACUGCAAGGGUCCAGACAGAACGAAUCUUUGCAUCAAAUGUGGCGAACCUGGACACAAACUAAAGGAUUGCACGAACCCUUCAAAGUGCUACAUAUGUUCUGACGCUGGCCUUAAAACCGUAGAUCACAUCGCCGCAUCUGGCAAAUGUACAUCGGUUAAAACCCAGAAAUGA